AGCGAACGCGCCGCGCGGACCGAUGACGUCACAGGGCGUUUCCUCCUAGGCGGAAGCCCGGGGAGCGCAUCCCCGGCGAGCACCAGGGCUGGGGCUUCCCUUUCUGAGCAGUCGAGUGAGCUCAAGGGUAGGAGCAGUCGAGUAAGCUCAAGCCCCCGAUAGGCUCCCGGGGGCAUCUACUCUGCGAACAACCGCAAAGCGGCAGGGCCUGGUGGUUGGUUUGCUGUCCUUCCCUUACUUCCUUGCCACUCUUGGGCUGCCCCUAAGAUCCUGGGAUCUGCAGAAGGAACCUUAACCGCGGCGCAAGGAUGGGAAACAGUGCCCUCCGCGCCCAUGUAGAAACGGCUCAGAAAACUGGUGUCUUUCAGCUUAAGGACCGUGGACUGACCGAGUUUCCCUCAGAGUUGCAGAAGCUGACGAGCAAUCUCAGGACCAUCGAUUUGUCCAGCAACAAGAUCGAGAGCCUGCCCCCUAUGAUUAUAGGGAAGUUCACUCUGCUGAAGAGCCUCUCCUUGAACAACAACAAACUGACUGUUCUUCCUGAUGAGUUGUGCAAUCUGAAAAAACUAGAAACGCUAAGCUUAAACAACAAUCACUUGAGAGAGCUGCCAUCUACCUUUGGGCAGCUUUCUGCCCUCAAGACCCUGAGCCUCUCUGGGAACCAACUGGGAGCCCUACCACCCCAACUUUGUAGCCUACGGCACCUGGAUGUGGUGGAUCUCUCCAAAAACCAGAUUCGAAGCAUACCCGAUAUAGUGGGGGACCUGCAGAUCAUCGAACUCAAUCUCAACCAGAAUCAGAUAUCUCAGAUCUCAGUAAAAAUAUCUUGCUGUCCUCGCCUGAAAGUUCUUCGCCUAGAAGAGAAUUGCCUUGAGCUCAGCAUGCUUCCACAGAGCAUCCUUAGUGAUUCCCAGAUCUGUCUGCUUGCUGUGGAAGGCAACCUAUUUGAGAUAAAGAAACUUCGAGAACUGGAAGGCUAUGAUAAGUACAUGGAGAGGUUCACCGCCACCAAGAAGAAGUUUGCGUGAUGCUCUCCAGGAGCAUGGCAACCUUACAAGACACUGACCUGGACCUGUUGCAAUCUGACGGAAUCACUCGUUCCUGUUGCUGUCAAGGGUAUCUGCAGUAAGAUGACACCCAGGAGAUUAUCUAUUUCAGACAGGAAGAGUCCUUCAUUUUGAGUCACGGACAGGGUAAUGGACAGUGUUGAUCUUCAAAAUCAUCAUUAGUUUGACUUUAGGAAACCAGGAGCUAGUUGCUAUUUAUAGAGGGGAUGCUGCCCGCUCUACUACAGAAUAGCUCUACAACAGCUUGAAAUUUCAUGGUUUCAGCGUGUGAGCUUUCAUUAAGUUGGCUGCCAUUCCACCUCUGUUAACAUUUCAUAUUUUCAUGAAAUUUAAAUAAUUCCUGAGAGGCUGCUAUGGUUAAUCUUAAGGGUUUAUGAUUUUAUUCUAGUCCAUCAGUUCAAUUGCAGUUUUUAUUUGGAAGUUAGGAUGUACAUAAGUCACUGUCUUGAUUAGAAGUACUUUGUCAGAGAAAUACCAACACAACACUAAGAAAUGUUCCCCAAGGCUGCAGUAGCAAACUCUUAACUAUUGCAGGUGCCUUAUUGGUAGAGGGCUCUGAAGAGCUAAAACCGUAUAUGCAAAACUUGUAAGAUACAAGAUUUUUAAUAAUCAAGAUUUUUCCUGAAGCUUCAUUAGAAAUAAUGUCUUAUUUCUGAUAAUCUUUUUCUUUUUUGUAUUUAUAAUUACUGGUCAAAUUACCUAUCAAAAAGCUUUGUUUAACAAGUUUAUUCUCUGAGUGGGAGAAUAUACUAAAUAAAGUAUUUUUAAUGAAAUCUGGCUGGAAGAAAGGUUAAUCUUUUAAAGAAGAGGAUAGGAGAAUGUUAGCCUGUAAAUGCCCCCUUGUUUGAAAGUAAACUGAUUUAAAUGUCUCAUGUUCUUGUUCGGGCUGAGUAGGGAAGUAUCUUCAGGUGACUGAUAAAUAUUUUGUAGUAAGAGAAACUGAAGGUACAAAGGUAGAUUACUUCAAAUUAUAACUGACAUGGACAUUUAGAAAGCUACCAUUGUCGUUUUAUGAGGUUUUGUCUUAUCCAAAAAGCUGUUAUUUACUAUGUAUUUACAGCUCUCCUUUUACAAUCCUAGUUUAGGCAUUAAAUCAAGAGGUCACCAGAACCUAGUAUUUAAAUGAAGAUUUCCUUAACGUUCGCUCUGGGUUUAGGUGUUCUCUUUUUCCCAUGUUAUGUUCUAUCAUUUUUGGGAAUUUCUCAAACCAGGAUGCCAGUUUAUCAUUAUCAAUUAAGUUCUGUUUUUAAUUAACUUUUUUAAUGUUUAAUCAUAUUGAUCUACUGAAUAAUGAACAUUUCUCUAAAUAUUUAUCAGUACUUGCAAUCUAGUAAAUCAGAACUUACAUAAAUGUCCUAGCCAUUUAAUUAUUAAUUGGUGUUUAAAAAAUUCCCAGCCCUAUGAAUCAGUGAAUACUACCUUUCAUACCUUGGUCCAAGCCUCAUUGCACUCUAAUUUGCCUGCUCAGUUAUACCAUAUUCUGUUCUUCAGACCCACAGUGCAAUGCCUCUCUUUUAACUGCCUUUACCUUGUUUGCUCAGUCAGGAAUGCCCUCUUACCAACGUGCUCCUUCUCUAAGCCCCUUUUGAGCCCAAGCUGAAUUAACUGCACCCCUGUCUCCUACAAAAACACUUCUCAUAUUCUUUGUCUCUUCGUAGACUGAUCUAUUUGAAGGCAGGGACUAUUCAAAGUAACUAUGUCCAAAGUUAUAGUUCAUCCAGUAUUUAAACUUAAAUAUGAGCUAACAAAGUAGGUUGAUUUGUGCUAGAGAUGCCAAUUCUAGUUUGGUCACCAGCCCAAAGUCACUGUAUUCUUUUAGAGCUUGGUUGGAAGUCACAGUAUAUUGAGUAAAGUCAUGGGCCUUGGAGUCCCAUAGCAUGAAUUCAAAGUCCAUCACUUACUAGCAUUAUGAAUUUGAGCAAUCUACUCUUAUCUGUAAACAUGGGAAAUAACCUCUUAGCUCUCAGACAUAUUAUGAGGAUAUGGUGAAAAGAUCCAUAAAAGCAUUUAGUAUAGUGAUGUGACAGAGUAAGCACUCGAUAAAUGGUGCCAUUUAUUUCAUUUGUAAGACAUUAAAAUAGAAUUGUGCAGGUUGGAGCCUCCCUGGUGGCGCAAGGGGUUAAGUCUCAACACUAUGAAACUAUACAUAGCCACUGCACAUGAGUUUGAUCCCCGACCUCUCCUGUCUUGCCCAUUGCUCUCCUCAGCAGUGUAUUUCAGUCAGUCAUCCUGUUCUGUUAUCUACUCUGUCUCUGGUGAAUCUUCUCACCCCGCCCCCCACACCUCUGGCCUGUACCCCAGUUCUUGUAUGCAUAAAUAAAUCUUUAAAAAAAAAGAAUUGUGCAAAUUGUACAGAAAUCAAAAGGCUUAGAGCAGACACAUCAGAAAGAUGAAAAACAAUUGACUAGAGAAUAAGGAACUUAGGAAUCAAUCUGAGAAAUAUAAAUCUGAUGAGGACUGUAUCUGGAAUAAGGGCUAAGUUAGAAUUUUAGUAAGAGAGUGACCUAAAGAAAAUAGCAUUUAAAAAAUCAAUUCUGGGGGCCUCCCCUGGUGGCAUAGUGGUUGAGCGCUGGGCUGCGAGGCUGCCUGCAGCCUC